CGACAAGUGGUCGGAACCUUCUUGCUACUUCUUCCCCUUCCCUUUCCCCUCCCAGGAAAGGCCGGGAUUCGGCACCCGGGCGCUCCCGUGGUCGCUGCCGCUUCUUCUCCAGCCGGGCCAGGGUCCGGAGAGUCCGACCGCGUCCAGGGCGGUUCGUACUGCGCCUGCGCGGGCUCCCACCUAAAAGAGGCCAAAGGAACAUUAGAGAAGAGCUGGUUUUCCCAGCAUGAGCAACCAUUUGCUUCCUGAUUCUGGCAUUCAUCACUAGAAGACAGCGUAGCCAACAGCACUCGUUCCUGGAAGCAUUUCUUGAGGUACACACAGAGUGCUCCGGAUUGUGACAUCACAUCCAUCCUCUUGGCAAUGGAGCUUGUCAAUAGGAAGGAAGACUCAGUCGGAGAAUAGCCAACAAGAUGGGUUCUUUGGAGCAUCUCCUGAGUGGCACUGGGUAGAGGCAUCAGGGGGUCGGAACCUUAUGAACAGGGAACCUGCCCCCCAACACUUGGAAGGACCUGGGUUUCAGUGAUGAGACAUGGGGUAUGAUGUAACCCGUUUCCAGGGGGAUGUUGAUGAGGACCUUAUCUGUCCUAUUUGCAGUGGAGUCUUGGAGGAACCAGUCCAGGCGCCUCAUUGUGAGCACGCUUUCUGCAAUGCCUGCAUCACCCAGUGGUUCUCUCAGCAGCAGACGUGCCCAGUGGACCGGAGCGUUGUGACGGUCGCCCACUUGCGCCCAGUGCCUCGGAUCAUGCGGAACAUGUUGUCCAAGCUGCAGAUCGCAUGCGACAACGCUGUGUUUGGCUGCAGUGCUGUUGUCCGGCUUGACAACCUCAUGUCUCACCUCAGUGACUGUGAGCACAACCCAAAACGGCCUGUGACCUGUGAACAGGGCUGCGGCCUGGAGAUGCCCAAAGAUGAGCUACCAAACCACAACUGCGUGAAGCACCUGCGCUCGGUGGUGCGGCAGCAGCAGACGCGUGUUGCAGAGCUGGAAAGGACAUCUGCCGAGCACAAGCACCAGCUGGCGGAGCAGAAGCGAGACAUUCAGCUACUAAAGGCAUACAUGCGUGCAAUCCGCAGUGUCAACCCCAACCUUCAGAACCUGGAGGAGACAAUUGAAUACAACGAGAUCCUAGAGUGGGUGAGCUCCCUGCAGCCAGCAAGAGUGACUCGCUGGGGAGGUAUGAUCUCGACCCCAGAUGCUGUGCUCCAGGCUGUGAUCAAGCGCUCCCUGGUAGAGAGUGGCUGCCCUGCCUCCAUUGUCAACGAGCUCAUUGAGAACGCCCACGAGCGCAGCUGGCCCCAGGGCCUGGCCACACUGGAGACAAGACAGAUGAACCGGCGCUACUAUGAGAACUACGUGGCCAAGCGCAUCCCUGGCAAGCAGGCUGUGGUCGUGAUGGCCUGUGAGAACCAGCAUAUGGGUGAUGACAUGGUGCAGGAGCCAGGACUUGUCAUGAUAUUUGCGCAUGGCGUGGAAGAGAUAUAAGAGAUCUCGACAGGCUACCAGGAAGAGAUGGAAAGCAGAAAAUCCUCUCACUCCAGCAGCUGAGUCCUUUCCACUGUUCUAACACCGUGGCUUACACUUGAGCCACACCUCCCUGCUCUUCUGGCACCGAAGGGCCCUGGGCCACCUUGCUCAGCCUUUCAGGUGGGAGGCCCAGAUUUCUUCCUCUUGCCUAAUUUCUUCCCCUGUCUGUAAAUUUUCAGUGUGGUUGGGAAAGUCCCCACCUCCAUAUCUAUCCUGUCUAGGGUCCCUGGUUCCAGAUAUUUUCAGAAAGCACAAAUAUAUCCAAUUUCUCUAGAGGAUCAGGGUGGAGUGAGGGAUCUCUAAUCAUUGCCCCCUCCAAAACCAGGGAAUCGUGCACACAGGCCUAAUGACGGCAAACAGCAUUUAGAGAGCAGCUCUGGAAAGCAGCCAUCCUGAAGAAAUGGUAAGGGUGGAACCAAAACACUAGAAAUAAAUAAUGAGGCCAGUAACUGGCUAUCAGUGACAGCCCUUAGGAGAUCGGACUUCUGUGCCAAGCAGUGCCAUCCUGGCAGCCUGAAAGGUGUGGGCUCCCACAGGGGCUGCAGGUGUGACACCAAGAGUUUCCAGAUGACUCUUCCUACACUUCCUCAUAAUUACGGAAUGACAGGAAAGGGGGUACAGGUUAGUCUGUUGGGGUGGAUAUGCUCAGCAAGAAGCAGCCCUCCGGCUUUUGCUGAAAUUGGGUAGGCCCUGCCUCUGGCCUGGGCCAUAAUUCACCCAUAGACCCCUCUCCCGCCCUGGGAUUAUAACUAGUUAUUUUGAUGAUUUCCUUUGGCCAUUGUUGUUUAUUUUUAUUUCUCUCCCUCUUUCCCACUUUUUUUUUUUUUUUUUUUACGAUUGGCCUGGUUAUGGCUACCCUACUUUUCUAGCCCACCCACAUUGUUGACAAUUUAAUUUAUUUCUUUUUUUU